AUGGAGACCUUCCCUCUCCUGAAACUCAUCCCACACGCUCUCCUACUAGUCUGGCUUCUGCCAGCCACGGUAGUGCCAUCCCUCCUGCAAGAACAAGCAGGAGCUCUCCUUGCCUGGAAAGCCACACUACAAAGCCACCCAGCCCAGCUGCAAUCCUGGUCGACGGGAAACAAAACUUCAUGGCCGUGCAGCUGGUACGGCAUCAGCUGCAGCAUGCAUCAACCAAGGCACCAGGAGGUGAUCACCGGGAUCUCUCUACCGGGGUUGCGGUUGAGAGGGGAGCUCGACGCCCUCAACUUCACGGUGUUGCGUACUCUCACGAGUAUCAACCUCUCCGACAAUCAGAUAAGGGGCUCCUUUCCACCUGCUUUAGCAUCGUCCUUGCCAAACCUGCGGCACCUAAUUCUCCAGGAUAAUGAGCUUUCCGGUGAAAUACCAAGGGAAAUAAAACACCUAGAGGGUCUCGUGAGGCUGAACUUGUCAAGCAAUCUCUUGUCUGGCCCCAUCCCUGGUGAACUAGGCUUCCUAAAGGAGCUAGACACUAUAGAUUUUUCCAAGAACAACCUCACAGGUCCCAUUCCCAGAAAUUUAGGGAAUUUUACUAAGCUCACUACCUUGUACCUUUAUGGUAAUCGGUUCACCGGAUAUCUUCCUCGAGAACUAGGUUACCUCAUGAAUUUACAAGAGUUGGCUCUUGCCGACAACAAACUCAUCGGUCCCAUUCCCGGUUUCUUUGGGAGUUUCAUUAACCUCACUGGCUUGUACCUAUGGGGUAACCAACUUUCCGGGCAUAUUCCUCCAGAACUAGGUUACCUAAAGAAUUUAAAAACGUUGCAUCUUGGCAAUAACAAACUCAAAGGUUCCAUCCCCGAGAUCUUUGGAAAUUUGACUAAACUCGCUACCUUGUGUCUCGGUGGUAAUCUAUUCUCGGGACAUGUUCCUCGUCAAAUUGGUACCUUAAUGGAUCUUGUGCGUUUGGAACUUGGUACUAACAAUCUCUCCGGUUCCUUGCCACCUGAGUUGUGUUCUCGAAGCCCGCUCCGGCAUCUAACUGCAUUUGAUAACAAGUUGAAUGGACAACUUCCAUCAAGUUUGGUACACUGCAAAAGCCUAGUCAGAGUUCGUAUUGAAAGGAAUCAAAUAGAAGGAGAUAUCUCUGAGUUGGGAGUUUAUCCAAAUCUGCUGUAUAUGGAUAUGAGCUCAAAUAAACUAUCUGGUCAAUUAUCUUAUCACUGGGGAGAAUGUCCUAAUCUUACCAAGCUAGGCAUCUCAAACAACAACCUCAUGGGUAAAAUACCUGCAAAUAUUGGGCAACUAUCUCAGCUAAAGGUACUUGAUCUUUCAUCAAACAAGCUUGAAGGAGAGAUUCCAAGUGAACUCGGUAAUCUAAAAAAUUUGUUCCAGUUGAGCCUGGCAGACAAUUUGCUCCAUGGAAGCAUACCACAAGAAAUUGGAGCACUGUCCAGUCUGGAGUUGUUGGAUUUGUCAUCAAAUAACCUAAGUGGUUUGGUACAAGGAUCAGUUGAGCAUUGUUUAAAGCUUCGCUCACUGAAUAUGAGUGGCAAUAACUUCAAAGGAAACGUCCCUACCGCGCUAGCGUCAUUGCAUAACUUACAUGAACUCUUGGACUUAAGUGAUAAUUCAUUUAUUGGGGCAAUACCAAGCCAACUUGGAGGUCUGAUCCUGCUAGAUAAUUUGAAUCUUUCACACAAUAAACUUAUUGGCUCCAUCCCAUCAUCAUUUAAGAAUAUGGGAGGCUUGACAUCCAUUGAUGUAUCUUACAAUGAACUCGAAGGACCGGUCCCAGAGAUGAAGAAGAUACACAGGAUUGAAGACGAGUGUUGCAUAAGCAAGUCAGUGUUCAAACGUGAAAUUGAGGCAUUGGUACAGAUUCGACAUCGGAACAUCGUGAAACUAUUUGGGUAUUGUUCCUCUAGCCAAGGCAAGUUUCUUAUAUAUGAAUAUAUGGAGAGAGGAGACCUGGCAGCAAUACUGAGGGUCAAUGGAAGGGCAAUUGAAUUGGAUUGGAGAAGGCGGAUACAUAUUGUGCUAGAUGUGGUUCAAGCUUUGGCGUACAUGCAUCAUGAUUGUUCGUCACCGAUAGUCCAUAGAGAUAUAACAAGCAACAACAUUCUGCUUGAUUUGGAAUUUAGAGCUUGCAUCUCUGACUUCGGUACGGCUAAAAUUCUCAAUAUUGAUGGUCAAAAUAUCACUAGGCUUGCUGGAACGAAGGGAUAUCUUGCCCCAGAGCUAGCAUAUACAGAGAAUGUAACAGAGAAAUGUGACGUAUAUAGCUUCGGAGUGCUUGUUCUAGAGCUAUUUAUGGGAUACCAUCCAGGCGAUUUGCUCUCAUCCCUCUUGUCGGACACCAAGAAUAAUGAUGUGUGUCUGCUGGAUCUGCUAGACUCCAGGCUCGUGCUCCCAGAGGCUGAAACCGCUAGAGAAAUAUACUGCAUUCUCAGUGUUGUAGUUCAGUGCCUAGAGCUGAGUCCAUCACGCAGACCAACAGCACGUCGUGCAAGUGAUGAGCUAUUUGCGAUUAAAGCAUGUGAAGAUGAUGUUGAUUAUCUGCACGCUAGCAUCACCAUUCCUGCACAGUAG